GAGGGAGGCGCUGCCGGCGGCCCGGCCGCUCCCGCUGCAGCUGCUCGCCGGGCUCGCCGCGCCCUGCUUGCGGGGCCCCGGACGCUCUCGUCCCGGCCGCCGCCCGGGCCGCCUGUGGUGACCAUCCGCCGCGCCGCCCGAGGCUUCACCCGCGCCCUCCCCCAGGGCGCGCCCGCGGAGCUCCGGCCCCAUCGCCUGCUCGCGGAGGCCGCGCCGGGCGGCGGCGAGGGCGGAAGAUGGCCUGGGUGCUCAAGAUGGACGAGGUGAUCGAGUCCGGGCUGGUGCACGACUUCGACGCCAGCCUCUCGGGCAUCGGGCAGGAGCUGGGCGCCGGCGCCUACAGCAUGAGCGAUGUCUUGGCAUUGCCCAUUUUUAAGCAGGAAGAUUCCAGCCUUCCUUUGGACGGUGAGACUAAACACCCCCCCUUUCAGUAUGUGAUGUGCGCCGCCACCUCGCCAGCCGUCAAGCUGCAUGAUGAGACACUCACGUACUUGAACCAAGGUCAGUCUUACGAAAUUCGGAUGCUGGAUAAUCGGAAAAUGGGAGACAUGCCAGAGAUUACUGGAAAAUUGGUAAAGAGCAUCAUAAGGGUCGUGUUCCACGACAGACGGCUGCAGUACACCGAGCAUCAGCAACUUGAAGGCUGGAAGUGGAAUCGUCCGGGGGACAGACUUCUCGAUUUAGAUAUUCCAAUGUCUGUGGGAAUAAUUGACACAAGGACAAAUCCAAGCCAGUUAAACGCGGUGGAAUUUCUGUGGGACCCUGCAAAGCGCACAUCUGCUUUCAUUCAGGUACACUGCAUCAGCACCGAGUUUACUCCCCGGAAGCACGGCGGCGAGAAGGGGGUGCCUUUCAGGAUCCAGGUGGACACCUUUAAGCAGAAUGAAAACGGAGAGUACACGGACCACCUGCACUCAGCUAGCUGCCAGAUCAAAGUGUUUAAGCCUAAAGGUGCAGACAGGAAACAAAAGACUGACCGAGAGAAGAUGGAGAAGAGAACCGCUCAUGAGAAAGAGAAGUACCAGCCGUCUUACGACACCACCAUCCUCACAGAGAUGAGGCUUGAGCCUAUAAUUGAAGAUGCAGUUGAACAUGAGCAGAAAAAGUCCAGCAAGCGGACUUUGCCAGCAGACUACGGUGAUUCUCUGGCAAAGCGAGGCAGUUGCUCUCCGUGGCCCGAUACCCCCACAGCCUACGUGAAUAGCAGCCCUUCCACAGCGCCCGCCUUCACCUCCCCGCAGCAGGGCACGUGCAGCGUCCCGGACAGCAAUUCUUCUUCCCCAAAUCAUCAGGGAGACGGAGUGUCACAGCUCUCUAGUGAACAACUUCAGCCUUCAGCCACGAUCCAGGAAACACAACAAUGGCUGCUCAAAAACAGAUUCUCUUCUUACACAAGACUGUUUUCCAAUUUUUCAGGUGCCGACUUAUUAAAACUGACAAAGGAGGAUUUAGUACAAAUUUGUGGUGCAGCCGAUGGCAUUCGGCUCUAUAAUUCACUGAAGUCAAGGGCAGUGCGGCCCCGCUUGACCAUCUACGUGUGCCAGGAGCAGCCGAGUGGUGCCCCGCUGCAGAGCCCGCAGCUGGCGGGCGGCGGAGGCGACAGCAGCGGCGGCGGGACGCCCUACGUUUAUCAUGCAAUCUACUUGGAAGAAAUGGUUGCUUCAGAAGUUGCCCGAAAACUUGCAUUGGUGUUUAAUAUUCCUUUCCACCAAAUUAACCAGGUCUACAGACAGGGUCCCACCGGUAUUCACAUUCUUGUUAGCGACCAGAUGGUUCAGAACUUUCAAGAUGAGAGUUGUUUUUUAUUCUUCACAGUAAAAGCGGAGAACGGGGACGGCAUCCACAUAGUUCUGAAGUGAUGUCUUACUUAGUCUGAACUCUAUUCAGUACCAAAUAAAGUCACGCUUAAAAGUGUGUGAAGACUGAAUCCAAGAAGUCUUGGGAUUGGAUUUUACCGUAUGAAAUGUUUCAUAUUGAAAACACAAGAUGACCUUUCUAAUGAGCUGUAUGAGAGGCGAAUGUCCUCACUGUCACUGCCAUAGCCGAGCAUCCUCGUGAGAGCGAGCACGUCGGGACAGCGGGCGUGCGGCUCCGGGGGCCGCGCGCGGGCGGGCCGCCUGCUUGUCCAGCAGAGGCCAGUAGGUACAGUCCCUAGAAGCAGCCUUGGCUGUCUUUUUACACUGUAUGUAUGCGGUUUGGAAAUGAAUGUAAAACGUACUGUGGGCAUUUACCUCUCUGUGCCAGUCUGGCUCUCCUUGCCUGAACCUUGUGCUGCCCCGGGGCGGGGCCGGGGGCCAGUGCUGUCGUGGAGCCAGCACGGGGUCUGUCCGCAGAUGCCACGCCCUGAUGCCGUGGUUGGUGGUCAGGUAAGAGUCGUGGCACCUUCUCGGAGGAAAUCAUGUGUAAGGGUGUGUGUGACGGGACCGUGCCGGAUCGGGGAGGACGCGAGCCGGGAAGGCGGGCAUGACGCAAACUGCAUUAUCAAGAGUACCUUGGUGAGAGGAUCAGUGUAAACCCUAAUAGGUACAAAGACUUUUGUGUUUUCGCUUUGUCACAGGUUUCCUGAAAAACCUUUUGCCUCCGCUUCCAUUUUUAGCAUUUUGUUUCUGGAUUUCAUUUUCGAAGCCCCGUUGCCCUUUGAAACUCAUGUGGCGUCCCUCCCUCUCCCCGUUUCCGACGACUGGCCCCUCCUCACUCUGAACCCUCCUGUGCUGCCCCACCCCACCCCGUCCCAUGGAAACAGGUGCCCUGGGCAGGGGGAAAACUGUGGUCGUUUUCUGACCUGCCGCCAAGGGGUCUUUGUUACCGAUGAGUUGAAAUUAUUCGUGGCAAAUUAGGUGUCAUAAAUGAAACACUAAAUUGUGCCGUCAGAAUUCCCCACACUUCUGAAAGAUGGAGCUUUAGUACAAUCAUGGAUAAACGCUCUGGUGAUUAUUUAAGAGGCUUUAUUAUACAUCACAUAACGGCCUCUUUUUGUAUACGAAGGGUGCCUCUUCCACAAAACCAAAUGCUUCUCUGCCGCACACUUCUCAAAGGGAGCCCACUGCUUCUGCAAGUUUCUCCUCGUUCUCGCAUCCCUCCCCCACGCACCAGCAAGCAUCCGCGCAGCCUGUGCUCUAGCAGACCGGAUUUGUAAACUCCAGUUCCCCUUUAGCCACGGCAUCUCUGUCCACGUACCCAGCUGUCUCGGUUUUGAAUGUGUCGUUUGACUCUUACCUUUGUUCGGGCAGAAAUAGGAAUGAGUAAUUUGGACUCUGGAAUCUCUCCCGAAGACAGACUCCUUCAGUGGGUGAAAAGCUUUGACGCUUUGUGUUUUAUUCUUAAAGGGGAUUAAGCAGCAGGUCUCUGCAUACUGUCAUCCUUACUCUGACAGUGUCUGUGAGCCCUGUAGACCCCAAGGCGGCGGGACCUUCCUUCUGUCCUCUCCCUUUGCUUCUGUAUGAGCACGUCUUCUGUGCCCAUCACUUGGGAAAGAAGUGAGCAUAUCUCUUGUUUUUAGAGUUUUGCUUGUCUAUUUAGCAUUCCUUUUUGAGUCUCAAGAUAUACGGAACAAUAAAUGUCAUCUAAUGCUGUGUGCUAUUUUGAAUUCCUCACCAAGUUUUAGAAAUGGGGUUAAAAACACUUUAAAAGCUCAUCGAACUUGAAAUUCUACCAAGCAGCAUUGAAAAUUAGUCUGUCCCAGCGAAACAGGUUAAAUUAUGGCACCAGCAAAUUUGCUACUUUGUUUUUUUAAUAGUAGGAUGUAUACAUUUCAGUAAAAUAAAUGUUUUCCGAUUGUUUUG